AUGGAUAUACCCAUGAAUUUUGAUGCAAGAACUCAAUGGAGAGGGUGUGUUCCAGCAAUUAGAGAUCAACAAACAUGUGGUGCUUGUUGGGCUUUUUCUGCAAAUUAUGUAUUGGCUCAUAGAUUGUGCAUUGCCACCAAUGGUCAAACCAAUGUUGUCCUCUCACCAGAAUACCAAGUACAAUGCGAUACAAUGAAUAAGGCCUGUCAAGGAGGUUAUUUGAAAUAUUCUUGGACAUUUUUGGAAAAUACUGGAACACCUCUCGAUACUUGUAUUCCAUAUGCUAGUGGAAGAGGAACCUUCUCCUCUGGAACUUGUCCAACUCAAUGCAAGAUUGCUUCCAUGUCCAUGAGCAAGUAUAAGGCCAAAAAUACUCGUUACAUUACAGGUAUCAAUAAUAUCAAGACUGCAAUCAUGACAUAUGGCAGCGUACAAGCUGGUUUCACAGUCUACAGGGAUCUUACAGGAUACAAGUCAGGAGUCUAUAAACACGUUGUAAGCACAGUUCUUGGUGGACAUGCUGUUGCCUUAAUUGGAUUUGGAGUUGAGGGAGGUUCUAAUUAUUGGUUAGCUGCCAAUUCAUGGGGUCCAAAUUGGGGAAUGUCUGGAUAUUUCAAAAUUGCUCAAGGAGAGGGUGGAAUUGAGAAUCAAGUUUAUGCUGGAGAAGCUGUCUAUUAA